AUGGCAGUCAGGCUGUGUGAUGUGGCUUCUCUGCUUAGAAGUGGCUCGUGGGCGGCUGAGCCUUGGACUGGGCAGGUAAUUGCUGCCAUGGAAACGCAGCUCUCGAACGGGCCGACGUGUAACACGAGCAACGGUCCGAACCAGAUGAACAGCUGCUCCUCACCGGUGGAGUCGAGCGGCAUGGAAGACAGCAAGACCAACCUGAUUGUGAACUACCUGCCCCAGAACAUGACCCAGGAGGAACUCAAGAGCCUCUUCGGCAGCAUUGGAGAGAUUGAGUCCUGCAAACUCGUACGAGACAAAAUCACAGGACAGAGUCUGGGCUACGGGUUUGUGAACUAUGUGGAUCCUAAAGAUGCAGAAAAAGCCAUCAACACUCUAAAUGGACUGCGACUGCAAACCAAAACCAUCAAGGUGUCCUACGCCCGUCCGAGUUCGGCCUCCAUCCGAGACGCUAACCUGUAUGUGAGUGGUUUGCCCAAAACCAUGACCCAGAAGGAGCUGGAGCAGCUUUUCUCCCAGUAUGGUCGCAUCAUCACCUCUCGAAUCCUCGUCGACCAGGUCACAGGUGUCUCUCGAGGUGUGGGUUUUAUCCGCUUCGAUCGGCGUAUCGAGGCUGAGGAGGCCAUUAAGGGGCUGAAUGGACAGAAGCCUCCCGGAGCCACUGAGCCCAUUACAGUGAAAUUCGCCAACAACCCGAGUCAGAAAACCAGCCAGGCUCUGCUUUCUCAGCUCUACCAGUCUCCAAACAGGAGAUACCCAGGACCACUCGCACAGCAGGCUCAGAGAUUCAGGCUGGACAACCUGCUGAACAUGGCUUACGGAGUGAAAAGUAGGUUUUCUCCCAUGACCAUUGAUGGCGUCACCAGUCUGGGCAUAAACAUCCCUGGUCAUGCAGGCACAGGCUGGUGCAUCUUCGUGUACAAUCUGGCUCCUGACGCAGACGAGAGCAUCCUGUGGCAGAUGUUCGGGCCGUUCGGCGCUGUGACAAACGUCAAGGUGAUCCGCGAUUUCAACACGAACAAGUGCAAAGGCUUCGGCUUCGUCACCAUGACCAACUACGACGAGGCGGCCAUGGCCAUUGCCAGCCUCAAUGGCUAUCGCCUCGGAGACCGAGUGCUGCAGGUUUUAGCUGCUCUGAAUGAGGGACAACGGGCCGACGAUGCCUGCAAACAGAACAAAAUCGACUGAGAAUGAAGUGUUCGAAGGGAGAAAAUCUCCUGAUUUAUACCUUACUGUAAAUAAGUACUUUAUGUUGAGGGUUUUUUGUUUGUUUUUUUGCU